AUGGCUCUAUACCAGAGAAUCACCCGUCAUCUGCUCAGGUAUAUGAAUGCUAACACGUACAAGAAUUCGGAUGAAGUCUACUUGACCUUUACAAAUGGAGACGUCAAUACGCUCAAGGGUGACUGGCUGACGGACAGUGUCAUCGCAUUCUGGGAGGAAUAUCUGGAGCAUGAGGUGCUAGCACAGUAUAAUACUCGAAUUAUACUCCUUCGCCCAAGCAUGUCAUUCCUCCUGCUUCAUACCGUUGAUCCGCAGACCCUGAAGAGUGCGCUGCCGGACUUCACUCGUGCUUCUCACGUAUUCCUGCCCAUCAACGACUGCCGUGAUACCACGGAAGCGGAAGGCGGCUCGCACUGGUCUCUACUACUAGUCUCUCUCGUGGACAAAGUAGCCUUUCACUAUGACUCUCUCCCGCCCGGAAACGUCACCGAGGCGAGCCAGGUUACGGCUAAGAUCAGCAAGCUCUGCGACAUACCCAUCAAGUUCGUGCACAUGCGAGACUCGCCUAUGCAAGAAAAUAGCAGUGACUGCGGUAUAUUCGUCUGUAUGACGAUGAGAUAUCUUCUCCAGCACCGACUCUUGCAAGCUCAUUCAAAGGAGUAUGUCACCAUGGCGUUGGACGGCGUUCCGCUCGAUGCCUCGACCGCUCGCAAGGAAAUGCUGCACAUCAUACACCGGUUAAAGAGGGAUAGAGAUCGGAGAAGAUCGUAUGUAACUUCUUCCGCUGCACCUGUUGCGUCUCGCUCUUUUGCUACGCCGCGUUCUCUUCUCGCCCGUACCCAUAAUGCAGCUGUCCAUCCUUCUCCCUUAGACCCCAGAGCACCCGCCACUCCCGCUUCUCCUUGUCGCGGCUCGAGAUUCCCCUUGCUCACCUACUUCUUUGCUUGUGCCCUGUUUAUUGUCAUGAUUGGGGUCGCUAUUGCCCUUUACUUCCCUAACUUCAACCUGAUCUAUGUUUACCACAGCUAUACUCAAGUUUACCAUCCUAUGUACCGUGAAUCUUGUCAAAGACUUGACUCCCUUCUUGUCUCAGCCAAUUCCAUGCUAUCCCCAUUCCUUGCCCAAGCCUAUUCACAAUUGCAAGAGCUCCAUGGACACGGGAAGGAGUACUUUACUAAGGUGUAUGACGCAUUCGCCCAUUUGAGACGAAUAUAG